AUGCCUAGCGUAUCAACCAUCCUCAAGGGCCUCGUUGCCCUGGCGCCUCUCGUGGCUGCCGCCCCCGCAAACUACGCCCGUCAAGAGAUGGCUUCCAUGUCGAGCGCUGCCGCCUCUGCCACCUCCUCUGCGCCGGCUGCCAUCACUGAGACCGCUGGAUCUGGUAGCGAAGCUGCCGCCGCAUCACCGGCUGCAGCUGCACCGGCCGCAGCAGGAAUGUUGAGCGAUGUCGACAUCCUCAACUUCGCUCUGACCGCCGAGCAUCUCGAAUCAGAAUACUACAAGCAGGGUUUCGCCAAGUUCUCCAUGUCCGACUUCAUGGCUCUCGGUCUGAGUGAAGGUCAAGUCAAGUCCCUGAUGGGCGUUGGUCAGACUGAGGCCACCCACGUCACUACUCUCCAGUCCGCCAUCGCAGGAGCCGGCGCAAAGCCCGUCGAGCCAUGCCAAUACAACUUCGACGCCGCCCUUACCAGCGCCGACUCCAUGGUCAAGACCGCCCGUGUCCUUGAGGCCGUCGGUGUCUCCGCCUACCUCGGUGCCGCUCCUCUCGUCAACUCCUCCGACAUCCUCUCCGCCGCUGGUUCCAUCGUCACUGUCGAGGCCCGUCACCAGGCUUUCAUCCGUAUCGCAUCCGGCGCCGAGCCCGUCCCCGCCGCUUUCGACACUGCUCUCCAGCCCCGCGCCGUCUUCACCCUCGCCGCUCAGUUCAUCAAGUCCUGCCCCGAAGGCUCCAACCUCAACAUCCAGGCCUUCCCUGCCAUCGCUCUCCAGAACCCCGAGAAGGCUACCGUUGGCCAGAACUUGAAGCUUGCCGACCCCGCUCAGCCUGCCGGUGCCUCUUUCUGCGCUUUCGUCGGACCUGGCGGCAACCAAUUCACCAAGAUCGCCGAUGGCAACUGCAUGGUUCCCCAGGGCCUCCAGGGAGAAGUCUACAUGAUGAUCACCAAGAGCGAGUCCGUUGCCGAUGCCGAGGUCCUUGCCGGUCCCUCCGUCAUCCAGCCCUCAUAG